AUGUCACUGAGAGCCGAAAGCCAUGCAGCUACAUCAACGCUGAAGAAGAUCGCUGCAGACAUGAGCAACAUCAUCGAGAGCCUGGACACCAGGGAGCUCCAUUUCGAGGGGGAGGAGGUUGACGCGGAGGUGCUAAAUGACCCAAAAGUGUGCAUUCCCUUCUCUGCCAUCUAUCACACCCGUGGGUUCAAGGAGCCGGGCACGCAGGCGUACCUCACGGGAUGUCCUGUUCGAGUGCGUGUGUUGGAAGUGGAACGCUUUACUUCCACGAAGAAGGUACCAAGCCCCAAUGUUUACACCAUCGAGCUGACCCAUGGAGAGUUCACCUGGCAGGUGAAAAGGAAGUUCAAGCACUUCCAAGAGUUCCACAGGGAGCUGCUGAGGUACAAAGCCUUCGUGCGCAUCCCUAUCCCUACCAGGAGUCACACGGUGAGGAGACAAUCCAUCAAAAGGGGAGAGCCGAGGCAGAUGCCGAGUCUGCCGCACACUGCAGAGAGCACAGUGCGGGAAGAGCACUUCUCCAGCAGGAGGAAACAGCUGGAAGACUACUUGACAAAGAUCCUAAAAAUGCCGAUGUACAGGAACUACCAUGGAACAAUGGAGUUCAUUGGAGUAAGCCAGCUGUCAUUCAUCCAUGACCUGGGACCGAAGGGCAUAGAAGGGUUGAUCAUGAAGCGCUCCGGGGGCCACCGCAUACCUGGCCUGAACUGCUGCGGCCAAGGAAGGAUGUGCUACCGAUGGUCCAAAAGGUGGCUGGUGGUGAAGGACUCUUUCCUGCUGUACAUGAAGCCAGACUCGGGGGCCAUCGCCUUUGUCCUGCUGGUAGAUAAGGAAUUCAACAUUAAGAUAGGCCGGAAAGAAACAGAAACGAAAUACGGGUUGCAGAUCGACAAUCUCUCUAGGUCGCUGAUUUUGAAGUGUAACAGCUACAGACAUGCCCAGUGGUGGAGGCAGGGCAUAGACGAGUUCAUUCGGAAACACGGCAAGGACUUCCUCACGGAGCAUCGCUUCGGCUCAUAUGCAGCCGUGCAGGAGAACACGCUGGCCAAGUGGUAUGUAAAUGCUAAGUCGUACUUUGAAGAUGUCGCAAAUGCCAUGGAAGCUGCUAAGGAAGAAAUUUUCAUCACAGAUUGGUGGCUGAGCCCUGAAAUCUUCAUGAAACGCCCCGUUGUGGAAGGGAAUCGCUGGCGGCUGGACUGCAUCCUCAAGCGGAAAGCGCAACAAGGAGUGAGAAUUUUUGUUAUGCUGUACAAAGAGGUGGAGCUCGCCCUGGGGAUCAACAGUGAAUAUAGCAAGCGGACGCUCAUGCACCUUCAUCCGAACAUUAAGGUGAUGAGACACCCGGACCACGUGUCCUCCUCUGUGUACCUCUGGGCCCACCACGAGAAGCUCGUCAUAGUUGACCAGUCGGUGGCAUUUGUGGGUGGCAUCGACUUGGCGUAUGGCAGGUGGGAUGACGACGAGCAUCGCCUGACCGACGUGGGCAGCGUGAAACGAAUGGUGGCGGUGAAGUCGGUGUCGACGACCAACCUGACAGUAACGGAGUCGUCUGAACGUAUCCCUCUGCAGUCGCAAACUCUGUCCCCAGAAAGCCACUUGUUCCAGAGGAAUGCUGAUGACACCUCAGACAUAUCAAAAAUGAAAGGAGUAGGAAAACCCAAAAAGUUUUCAAGGUUCAGUAUUUACAAGCAUCUCCAUAAACACAGCAUGCACCACGCUGACAGCGUCAGCAGCAUAGACAGUGAAUCAAGUUACUGUAACUCCCCUAGAAGUCAACCGAAUAUAAUCCAGAGUUUAAAGCCCCAUCUGAAAAUGUUCCAUCACCAUACUGAAUCCAAACAGGGGCUCGCUGAGCCUCAGGAGGAUAAAGGAUCCAUCCGCAGCUUGAAGACGGGUGUUGGUGAGCUGCUUGGGGAAACCAGGUUCUGGCACGGAAAAGACUAUUGUAACUUUGUCUUUAAAGACUGGGUUCAACUUGACAAACCUUUUGCUGACUUCAUUGACAGAUACACCACCCCGAGGAUGCCCUGGCACGACAUCUCCUCCGUGGUACAUGGCAAAGCGGCGCGUGAUGUUGCCCGUCACUUCAUCCAGCGCUGGAACUUCACCAAGAUUAUGAAGCCCAAAUACCGAUCCCUGUCCUACCCGUUCCUGUUGCCGAAGUCUCAGCAAACUGCUAACGAGUUGAAGUAUCAGGUGCCCGAGGCUGUUCAUGCCACGGUCCAGGUGAUCCGUUCUGCUGCUGACUGGUCGGCCGGCAUUAAAUACCACGAGGAGUCCAUCCACAACGCCUACGUCAGCGUGAUCCAAAACAGCAAGCACUACAUCUAUAUAGAAAACCAGUUUUUUAUUAGCUGUGCUGAUGACAAAGUUGUCUGGAACAAGAUUGGCGAUGCGAUUGCUCAGAGGAUACUUAAAGCUCACAGGGAAAACAAGCGCUUCCGAGUGUACGUGGUGAUCCCGCUGCUGCCUGGGUUUGAAGGAGACAUUUCGACCGGAGGGGGAAACGCGCUGCAGGCCAUCAUGCACUUCAACUACAGGACCAUGUGCCGAGGAGAAAACUCGAUCCUGGCCCAGCUGAAGGCAGAGGUUGGAGAUAAGUGGAUAAACUACAUAUCAUUCUGUGGACUUCGAACGUACGCAGAGUUGGAAGGGAAACUAGUCACAGAGCUCAUCUAUGUUCACAGCAAACUGCUUAUUGUUGAUGACAACACAGUUAUAAUCGGCUCUGCCAACAUCAACGACCGCAGCAUGCUGGGGAAGCGGGACAGCGAGAUGGCCAUCAUCGUGCAGGACACCGAGACCGUCCCCUCCGUGAUGGAUGGGGAGGAUUACAGCGCUGGGAAGUUCGCCCAGUCCCUCCGGCUGCGGUGCUUCAGGGUUGUCCUUGGCGGCUCCGAUCUCAAUCCGGAACACCAGGAUCCCGUCUGUGACAAAUUCUUCAAGGAAGUGUGGAUUUCUACAGCAGCUCGCAAUGCCACCAUCUUCGACAAGGUUUUUCGAUGCCUUCCCAGUGACCAGGUGAAUAAUUUAACCCAACUGCGUGAUUUCAUCAACAAGCCCAAAUUAGCAAAUGAUGAUCCUGCGAAAGCAGCGGAAGAAUUAAAAAAGAUUCGUGGGUUUUUAGUACAAUUCCCCUUUCGUUUUCUGGAGGAAGAGUACUUGCUUCCCUCCGUCGGAACAAAGGAGUCCAUGGUACCCAUGGAGGUUUGGACUUAA